UAGCUACCGGAGGUAUUUGAUGGGGACUCAUCUCGACUCAGAAGUGUUUGUAACAAAUUCCAAAUACUAGCCGUUGUUGUUUCGUCUGUAAAACUUUGUCCAAGUUAGAUUUUCUACCUCACUUUGAACGUGAUGGCAGGGAACUUCUGGCAGAGUUCGCAUUACUUGCAGUGGGUCUUGGACAAACAAGACCUGAUAAAGGAGCGACAAAAGGACCUGAAGUUCCUGACGGAGGAGGAGUACUGGAAGUUGCAGAUCUUCUUUGCUAAUGUCAUUCAGGCCCUCGGCGAACACCUGAAGCUCCGACAGCAGGUCAUUGCCACGGCAACUGUUUACUUCAAGCGCUUUUAUGCCAGGUACUCUCUUAAGAGCAUUGACCCUGUGCUCAUGGCUCCUACCUGUGUGUUCCUUGCAUCAAAAGUUGAGGAAUUCGGUGUGGUGUCCAACACCAGGCUCAUCUCUGCAGCCACCUCUGUGUUGAAAACACGCUUCUCCUAUGCCUUCCCCAAAGAGUUCCCUUACAGAAUGAACCACAUACUGGAGUGUGAGUUCUACUUGUUGGAGCUCAUGGACUGUUGUCUGAUUGUCUACCACCCGUACAGACCCCUGCUGCAGUAUGUUCAAGACAUGGGGCAGGAGGACAUGCUGCUACCUCUCGCCUGGAGGAUAGUAAACGACACGUACAGAACAGACCUCUGCCUGCUGUACCCUCCCUUCAUGAUCGCUCUGGCCUGUCUGCACGUGGCGUGUGUGGUCCAACAGAAGGAUGCCAGGCAGUGGUUUGCUGAGCUGUCUGUGGACAUGGAGAAAAUCCUGGAGAUCAUUCGAGUCAUCCUGAAGCUCUACGACCAGUGGAAGAACUUUGACGACCGGAAGGAAAUGGCUGCCGUGCUCAACAAGAUGCCCAAGCCCAAGCCUCCACCUAACAGCGACGACCAGAGUUCCAAUGGCAACCAGAACAACUACGGCCAAUCAUAGAGUUACUGCCAGCAAAGCACCCAAGAGCCAUCCAAUCAGCACCCCCCCCCCCUCUCUGCCCCGCCCCCUAUGCACAGUCUGAGGGGGAACAUGACCCCUCAACCUAUCAGAGGAACAGAAGCAGAGAAACAGACUCAUAUUGUACCUGUCCUCUGAUGAUCAUGUGACCUUAAGGGAGGGGGGACAGCAGACCAGACUAUGUUGGGGGGGUUAAAGCCUUGGAUUGGGAUUGGGGUGAUGGAGUGUGGAAGUGGUAGUUAUGCUUGUGGAGGGAGGGGGGUGUAAGAGAAAGUUGAUGAUCCUGACUUCCUUGAAUAAUCCCACAGAGCACCUGUUUUAGUGGGAGUUCAGUGGGAACAAAGAAAACUUGAUCAUUAUUGUGUGUGUGUGUGUGUGUGUGUGUGUGUGUGUGUGUGUGUGUGUGUGUGUGUGUGUGUGUGUGUGUGUGUGUGUGUGUGUGUGUGUGUGUGUGUGUGUGUGUGUGUGUGUCGCCCUAUGGAGUGUUUUCAUCCCUCAGGGAGUAGAGCAGUCCUUUUCCUUUUGUGUUUCUUCUAAAUGGACACGCACACCACCAGUUGGCUGGCAGGCUGUCUGUAACAGCAGUCUGAUUGGCUGGCAGGCUGUCUGUAACAGCAGUCUGAUUGGCUGGCUGGCUGGCAGGCUGUGUGUAACAGCAGUCUGAUUGGCUCUUUGAAUGAAAACGUCAAAGCCAUGAGGAAGCAGAGCCUUAAAGUUACUGGACACUGUUUUGUAAUGUAUGGUUGAGGGGUCAUAGGUGUUCAUUGGCAGGGUUUGUGUGAAAUGUCUUCAGUUCUGUUUCAUCAUCUGACCCAGUCCCCUUGAUGAACCAUCCCUAUGUUGUGCCCUUUCUUUUUUUUUAUUUCCGUUUAAUGUAAUUUAGCGUGGAAUAAAAAAUAUAUAUAUACAUAAAUAUAUAUAUAUCAAUCACUGAUCAGCCCAAACACAUUAACCUCUAUUUUAUGCUGGUAUUGAUGUACUGUAGUAGUUUGGGUGAUUUUUAAGCAGUUUUAUUGUGGUGUGAUGGUGACUUGGUGGUUGAGCUGAUGUGACAUUCAUUCCUGUUCUCAGAUCAGUAAAAAUGUGUGUGUAUGUGUGCAUAUGUGAGUGAGAGAGACUGAGACAUGGGCCUUAUCUACAGUUCUAGCCACUGUUUACCACUGACACUAUAGGGCCUCAACUAUAUGAGAUGACCAGCUAUGGCAGGCAUGUUGAAAACAUCAUCAUACAGGCCCAUAGUCUGCUCCCUUUCUUAUUGCAAAGUAAAUUUGACUGUUGUAUUUAGAGAUUCGUCUUCAUUUCUGCCGUUGCAUGUCUUUUUUCCCCCGCUCUGAUAUGUCUCAGUAUGUGUGUUUGGGAAUGCACUGGAGAGAUUCUGAGGAUUUGAGGACAAACCAAAAUACCACCUGGUCACUUUUGUUGAUCUACAUUAGUUUACGUACUUACAUACGUUUUCAUGCAUUCUGGUUUGAUGUCUGAUAUAUUAGUAAAAACUGCCCUUCGUUGGUUUUGUUUUAUGCUCUUAAAGGAGUACAUGUUUUAUUAUCCCAUUUUGUUUUCUUUAAGAUGCAGCUCGAGAAUCGUUUUCGCACAAGGUUGUUAAUUAUUUAGCUCAACAGCCAAUCAAAUUACAUCCCUCCCUUCCGUACUCCUGAAGCACCUGUGGUGAUUGGCUGGGAUGGAUUAUGGCUCGGUCCGAGCCACUAUAUUUGUUUCCCUUCUACAGAGCCAAGGCUGUGUACGAACGCUGGAGUUUUCUGACAGCAAACACUGAACGGACAGCUAGAGGAGCAACUCGCUGAAUUUGACAAAAAGUGUACGGGAUUAGAAUCGCGGACUGCAUCUCUCACUGCAUUUAACCUCCCCUAGGGUGAACGUUUUUUAUAAGUGGUCAAUAUUCGAACUCACCCGGAUCCGCGCUUUUAUCACCAACGACGCUUUUGUUGUUACUUGAAAGUUGGGCUAAGUUGAGCGAUGUCUAAUAAAAAAAAUCAACCAUUGUGGUACAAA